GUGGCUGCGGUGAAUGCCCUUCAAAGCAUGAAGGCUGAAUUGGAGGGUCAACGACAGCGCAUCCACGAGCUGGAGGAUCUGGUUUCUCAAUUUAAUGUCGAUAUGAGUGGUGUAAUGUCACUUAUUGGAGAACGAUUUCGUGGAUGUGACGAGUUGGUUAACUUGAAGUUAAGAGAGUUAAACUUUUCGUUGAUCUUGCAGGGUUCAGCUGAUGAUGAAAUGUUACAGCAUGUGGAGAAGCUGAAGACUGAGAAUGAUCAGCUGCGAGAGGAGCUGCGUACUUUGCAGGAGGUCCACUCUGAGGAGAUGGAGGAACUUGCACGGGAGGCUGCGGACCGUAUUGCGGAGCACGAUGAGUUG